UUUAUAUUUUCUACAUCUCGUUCAGUUCAGUGUUUGUGAUUUUAAAUAGAGAAGCCUCUGAGAGACUCCGCCUCCAGGCUCCUCACCUGAGAAAUGACAUCAGACAAGUUGGACAGGUUGAUCAGAAACCUCCGUAUGACCUCAUCCUCCAAUCAGAAAGCUGCUCAUCAGUCUCUGAGUCCGACUCACACAAUUGUUUGCGUGUCCUGUGUUGUGCUGCAGGAUGAGCUCGUCCGUGCGCACGCAGCCUCGUCCUCUGGGGGCUUUCUCUGAUGAUGCGGCAGAGUGGAGCUCUGGGAUCUGUGACUGCCGCAACGACACCAGAGAAUGCUGUUUUGCGUUCUGGUGUUGUCCCUGCUUUGCCUGUAUCACCUCUAAAGCACUCGGUCAGUGUCUCUGUCUCCCCUUACUGGACGUCUGCGGCGUCUGCACCCACCCCAUCACCAUGUCCAUGAGGGUCUCUGUACGCCACCGCUAUGGCAUCAGAGGCAGCCUGUGCACAGACUGUGUGUGCUCCGUCUUCUGUCAGUCCUGCGUCUGGUGUCAGAUCUCCAGAGAGAUGAAGAGCAGGGAACUUCCCGCCGUGCUGGGUGACAUCAUCAGCCGCUGAUGACAUCAUGGCUGUGACAUCACUGCCUCCUGUCCAUCCUCUUACAUAUCGACGAGCUCUUUAACAUUUAGAUAACUCAUGUUUGACUUCAUGUGUGAAUGACUGUGAUUGUUUAAAUUUUUCCUGACUUCAUGUUUGUGUUUAUUUAUUUUAAAGUCUUUUUAGUUCUUUGAUUUAGCAACACUUGUUUCAUUUAUCCUGAAAUGUAAUAAAACACUUCCUGAAGGUG